AUGAAGUCUGAAAGAUCAUACAACUGCUUAUUCAGGACCCUAAUCUUUUUGUUCAUCCUUGAAAUCCUGGCAGGCAUAUCAAUAGCUCUAAUUUGCGAGUAUGUCAAAUUAUUCAUCCAAAGUCACUUCUUUCAAAUUGACAAGCACGAAGUGCAAAGUGUAAUUUUUAUCAUCAAACUUUAUGGACUACACAUAUCAAUUUGCUACUGCUGUGGAUUUGCUGUCAUUUUAUUAUUCGAUGAUGUUUAUACAAGACAUUUGGGUGUUCUCAUCAAGUUGUGGAUAUUUUUGACAAUCGAAAGUGCCAUAGGAUGUCUGUUCACGACAUGGCUCUUUGUUGAUACGAUGAAUUAUGUCACUGCAAAUUUUGAAGCAUCUCUCAUCAAGGGACUUGAAUUAUAUCCACAAGAUCCUCACUGGGUAUUGAUAUGGGAUGACCUUCAGUAUGACUACAAAUGCUGUGGCGUUCACAAUCAUACAGACUGGAUGAAAAUUAAAUUUCCAAGAGACGAGACGAGAAUUUCUUCGUGGCUGCCUUUCAGCUGUGCCAAAGGGAAUAUUCCUUUGAAAGCGAAUUUAAAUGAUGAGAAUAUUUACAUUAAAGGAUGUUUUUAUAUCAUUUCGGAGAUGAUUGAGAUGCUGAUUUCGAUUACUGUGUCAAUGAACGUUGUUAUAGCAAUUAUUAUGAUCCUCAUUAUAAUCAUGAUGCGCACUGUAUUUACUUACAAGCGAAUUUACACAGAAAUCUCUCCAGAUUUCGAAAGUGAAGAAGUUUUUCAAGUACGUAAAUAG